CAUUGUCAUUGCCAUCCACUUCUUCCACAUUGACUACAAUCGAGUCUUCCAUGAAAUGCAAUGCAUUUCCACUUCAGUUACCAUUUAAUAAUAUGCCGACUCUUAAGAUGACAAACGCUUAUCGCCGGCGAAGGCGUCGUAAGCGUAAUAAAAACAAGCGAUUAAACCAAUUGUAUGAACAAAAUAGCGUUUUUAGUAACAGUAAUGAGACAAACCUUCAAAUGAGAGUUAAAAGUAUUGUGAGUUUGAAAGAGACGCACAAAUUGGCCGAAUUGAACCACAAGAAGAACGAUAAUCUGAAGAAUGCGUUGAGAAUCAGUACACAGUUUAUUGAAGGCUCGUCUCUCGACCCGACCCGUAAGGCAAAGGAGGCGGCGGCCAAAGAGGCCCUCAAACAGAAACAGUACGCUAUUAUUCCCGACUCUCCCAAACAAAUUGAGCCCAAAGUUGACAAAAUUGAGACUAAAAGCAAAGACAAGAAGAGUAAAAGUGAUAGAAAAAAGAAAUCACACAAAAAACAUUCUUCACGUAAAGAUAGUUCAGAAUCUGAGAGCGAAUCUGAUAGCGAUUCCGAGAGUUCUUCCCGAAAGAAAUCCCGAAAUAAGUCCUCAAAAUCGAAACGCAGUCACAAUAAAGAGAGUAAAAAGAGUAGUAAACGAAGUCGAGGACACAAGUCGUCCUCAAAACGGAGUAAAUACAGCGAUUCGUCGUCUGAUUCCGACUCCGAUUCGGACGACUCCAGAAGUAGUAGUGAUAGCGAGAGUUCCGAUAGUUCUUCUAAUAACAGUUCUCAUUACGAUUCUCGAAGUAAUCGUAAAAAUAGCGACUCUAAGAGUGACCGCCAUAGGAGACGAUCUCCUUCUUCCGGAUCGGAUCGAAACCACAAAACCAAACCGUAUUCCGAGUCAAAGGUAUGUCUCAAUUAAACGAU